AUGAAGGUCUGCUGGAAAAUUCUUAUAGUGGCUCCUCUGUUCUUCCUGGCCCAUCCCACCUCAGCCUUUCCAGCUCACAAUGACCAACCUACUAUCAAGCACUCCAGUGGCCACACUUGUAUAGGGUGUGUGCUGGUGGUAUCUGUGAUUGAACAGCUUGCUCAGGUCCACAACUCUACAGCCCAGGCUGCCAUGGAGAGACUGUGCAGCUACCUGCCUGAAAAACUCUCCUUGAAAACCACCUGCUAUUUAGUGGUUCACAUAUUUGGAUCACACAUCAUAAAACUGCUUAGCGCAGAUAUGAAUGCUGAUGUUGUAUGCCACACUCUGGAGUUUUGUAAACAGGACCCUGGCCAACCAUUGUGUCAUCUUUACCCUCCUCCCAAGGAAGCAUGGAAAUUUGCACUGGAGAAGGCAAGACACAUUAUCAAGAAAUCCCAGACUCUGAAAUAUCCUAGAAGUGAUUCUGAUAUUUGUUCCCUUCCAUUUUUGGCCAAGAUCUGCCAGGAAAUUAAAUCAGCUAUAAAAAAUUCUGUGCCAUUCAAAGAUGUAGACUCAGACAAAUACAGUGUUUUCUCAACACUGCGGGGCUACCACUGGCGAGGGCGAGAUUGCAACGACCGUGACAAGAUGGCGUAUCCAGGCAGAAGGCCAGACAACUGGGAUGCACAUCAGGAUUCAAACUGUAAUGGCAUUUGGGGUGUUGAUCCAAAAGAUGGAAUUCCGUAUGAGAAGAAAUUCUGUGAAGGUUCACAGCCCAGGGGAAUUAUUUUGCUGGGAGACUCAGCUGGGGCUCAUUUCCACAUCCCUCCUGAAUGGAUCACAGCAUCACAGAUGUCUUUGAACUCCUUCCUCAGUUUACCAACAGCUCUUUCCGAUGAGCUCAACUGGCCCCAAGUCUCUGGCGCUACUGGAUUUCAGAACUCCACUAGUGGAAUUAAAGAAGACUCUAUUUACCUUCGUUUAUGGAAAAGAAACCACUGCAAUCACAGGGACUACCAGAAUAUUUCAAAAAAUGGUGCAUCUUCCCAGAACCUGCAAAGUUUUCUAGAAAGUUUGUCUAGGAACCAGCUGUUGGAUAACCCAGCCAUUGUCAUAUAUGCCAUGAUUGGAAAUGAUGUCUGCAAUGGCAAGACUGACCCAGUCCCAGCAAUGACCACUCCUGAGAAAUUGUACUCCAAGGUCAUGCAGACUCUGAAGCAUCUAAAUUCCCAUCUGCCUAAUGGCAGCCAUGUUAUUUUCUAUGGCUUAGCAGAUGGAGCCUUCCUCUGGGAUCAUUUACACAACAGAUAUCAUCCUCUCGGCCAGCUAAAUAAAGAUGUGACCUAUGCACAGUUCUACUCCUUCCUGAGCUGUCUCCAGGUUAGUCCCUGCCAUGGCUGGAUGUCUGCCAACAAGACACUCCGGGCUCUCACUUCAGAGAGAGCAGAACAACUCUCCAAUACACUGAAAAAAAUUGCAACCUCCAAGAAAUUUACAAACUUCGAUCUCUUCUACAUGGAUUUUGCCUUCCAAGAAAUCACAGAGGAGUGGCAGAGGAGAGGUGGGCAGCCCUGGCAACUUAUUGAACCUGUCGAUGGAUUCCACCCCAAUGAGGUGGCUUUGCUGCUGCUCGCAGAUCAGUUCUGGAAGAAGAUGCAGCUCCAGUGGCCCAAGAUCCUUGGAAAGGAGAAUCCAUUCAACUCCCAGAUUGAAGACGUGUUUGGAGAUCAAGGGGGGCACUGA